AUGUCUCAAGAUAGUGAGCUUCUCCCAACAGCAAAGUACAGUUCUUCCGAUAUUAACAAAGAGUUCUCAGUCGAUAGCACGAAACCCUUAACAACAAAUGGUACAACCACUGGUCCAUCUGAUUACAUAAUCAACUUGACACAAGGUGAUUACACGGACAAGAAUAAACCUACAAAUAAUAAAGAUACGAAAACAGGAAGACUGAGGGCUUAUGUCACAGAUCUUCAGGAUCAGGUCAAUAUAUUCUUAACUGAGCGAAUGGAAAUAGAGAAGAAGAGGGCAAAAGAGGCUAAAAGACGAUUGCAAGCUGAGGCAAAGACCCAGGCAGUAAGUAAAGACGGCGAUAGUACGAAUUGA